UCACACUCCAAAAUUUUGGAUUUUAUUUUCUGUGUGUUUUUUCCAGAUAUUCUCCCGAUUCUAGCUCUAAGCUUUUGUGUUUUUUUCAAAAGUUUUGUUCGUCUCCACGUGAAUGCAACAAAUUGCGAUAGAAACCACUAGAAUUUAAUGCCCUACCCACCGGCAUGGCGGUCAAGGUGCAAUUCGAAAUUGGCCACACGUCGAAGCUGCGCAGCAAGAAGACCCCGCAUCCGCAGUCCUUCACACACGAUUGGGAGAUCUACGUGCAGGGCGUGAACAAGGCGGACAUAAGCGCCUUUGUGGAAAAGGUGGUCUUUCUGCUGCACGAAUCGUUUCCCAAACCUAGGCGAGUGGUCAAGGAACCGCCGUAUGCCAUUCAGGAGUCGGGCUACGCCGGCUUCUUGCUGCCCGUGGAGAUCUUCUUCCGUAACCGGGACGAACCCAAACGGAUUAUUUACCAAUACGAUUUAGUGCUGCAGACCACGGGUCCGCCGCAACACCACGUCGAGGUGAAAACGCACAUCUUCGAGGCCCCGUCAGAGGAAUUCAAAGCGAAGCUUAUGCGUGGCGGCGGGGUUCCCGUGUUUGGGGCCAACAUCGGCGCUAGCAGCCUUACGAGAACGCUUUCGCCAAGCGUUGGAAGCUCUGAGACGCCGGCAAACAACGAUAUGGCUCUGGUCAAAGCUAAAGGCGUCCCUGGAACAAUCUCGCUUAACGUAGAUCUGGGGGCCGGCAAGAAGCACAAGUCGCGCAACGAGGAUCCUGGCAAGAGCAACGCCUUUUCCGCCCUCUUUGGCGCACCCAUCACAAAGGGCAGCGCCACGACCAACAACAUGGCCUUAGUCCCCGUCUCCAAGCACUCGCCAGAGGCAAAGACCGUUGCUCUUAGCGGCAAGGGCGGCUUUCACGACGGGAGAGACAAGGCUAGCAAGGAUCGGGACAAAUCCAGCAGUGGAGACAAGCCGCGGGACAAGGACAAAAAGGAUCGGCACGGCCGCGACAAGGAUCGAAAGUCGAGCAAGUCCGUCGACGGUAAGCACGAACGGGAUAAGGAAAAGUCGAAGAAGGACAAAACUCGCGAUAAGGAGCGUGAUCGGGAGCAAAGCUCAGGCAAUACUUCAUCCGUCGGCGGUCUGGUGAUGGCAACAUCCACCACUCAAGUUGCAGCUGGAGCACUUAUAAAGCACACGGCAAGUCCAAGGCCCGGAAAGCCAAAUGAGAUGGGUGCGCCCAGUCCCAAGAAGACAGCAAUUGACCCGACCGCGGGUACUGCUGCACCUGCAUCCCGAUCCAAAGAGCGCGAUGAGCACAAGUCGGGUAAGUCAGAGUCCAAGGACAAGGAGCGCAGCUCCAGCAAGAAGUCUAAGAAGGAGAAGAAGGACAAAGACAAGGAGCGCGAUCGAGACCGGGAGAAGCAACGCGAUGAGAGUAAAGACAAGCGAAUGCCCAAGGAUGACCGUCAUGGCCAGAGCGACAGUCCGGCUUCGGGAAACCAGCAACCUGCCCAGCAGUUGCAGCAAAACCAGUUGGCCGGUACAGGUAAGGCCACCCCCACUUCUGUGGGCAGCAACAGCAGCAGCAGCGUGAUAUCAAACAGCGGCAAGCAAAAAGAGGAACCCACGGGCAAACACGGCGAAAAGCCCUCGGAACCCAAGGUGGAUAAGGGCACCAGCAACGGGAAUGCGGCGGACACAAAGAAAUCCCACAAACACAAGAAGAAGGAUAAGAUUAAGGAUAAGGAACGCAGUGAUCGGGACAAAGACAAAGAUAAGGAGCGUGACAAAGAGAAGCCAAAGGAGCGAGAAAAAGACAAGCAGCCACCGACCACUUCCGAGAAGGUCUCAGCUGCCGAACCACCGCCCAAAACCGAGGGAACGAGUCCAGCCACCGAAGGAGGGGCACCGGACAAGAUCGCAGCAAGUGUCAAUCCCAGCGGCAGCAGCAAGAAGGAGAAGCACAAAAAGUCUAAGGAGAAAUCCUUCGGCAAGGACGAGAAGCGUCAGCGAGAUGCGGGGGAUAAACAACCCGAGCUUAAGCACACUGGAAAGCAACAGCAGACGCAUCCGCAGCCGCAGCCGGGUCAAAACAAGGUACCCAGCAAUCUGGAUCUUAGCGAUGUUGACUCAGCACAGUCAGCACCGGAUUUGGCGGCCACAAAUGCUUUGGCUGCAGCAGCAGCUGCCACUCUUCAGCACUCCGACAGCUCUAACAGCAGCUUUCCGGACCUACCCGCCAGGGCCACCAGCCAGCAAAAGGCGGCGAAAGGUUGUGUGGGUCCCGGCAAGGAAUCAAAGACUGCUGGCAAGGAACACAAGGGCAAGUCCAAGCAGAACGAUAAGAACAGCGACAAAAAUAGUCCCAAGACGGAAAAAGCUGAAAAAACUCCAGACGCCAAGCUUGAAAAGUCAGAGAAGUCGGACAAAGAGGAGAAGAAGCGCAAUCGAAGAAGCUCACAAAAUAGCAACAGUGGCAGUGGCGGAGGAGCAACCGGUGGCUUUAUAGAGCCUCCUGUUAAGCCGUCAAGGAAAGAGCAGAACAAAGCGCAGCGAGAAAAGUCAAAAUCGCCCUCUCUACGUCCACCUAGAGAUACCAACUCGACCGGGGCAGGCGUAGGUGCAACCAAUGCGGGUUCAGGCUUUCUACCGCCGCCAUCGUCUUCGCCAAGCAACAACCACACCGGACCUGUUACGGCAGCUAGCUUAAACAAUAAUAAUAACAACAUCAAUACAAACAGCAACAGCGGCCAUUCGCCCGCUGAAAUGACGACGGCAGGACAGCUUCAAUUACCUACUGAGUAUUUAAGCGAGCUACAGGAGUUGCACCAUAAGAUUAUGACCUUGCAGGACAACGAGGAGUUGCAACAAGUCGUGGAGAUGAUCGCGGCCACUGGUUGCUACGAGAUCACGCACAAGACGUUUGACUUCGACCUGUGCAAGCUGGACCGCGGCACCGUGCAGCGGCUCCAAGAAUUCCUGGCCACUUCGGUGUCGUGACACUCCCUGACCCCCACAACUGGCCCGGCUCUCUACAGCUAGAUGUUGCACAAAGCCCCCAUGCACAUAACCAAAUUAUAAAGCUUAGUGUUAACGUUGUAAGCCAAAUGGAAAAUAACUUGGCUCGACAACAACGAUUCCCCUGCCUAGAUCCUAAGUUGUUGGCCCGAAGGGCACACAAAAUCCGAAAGAUUUCACUUAUGAAUAUAAUGAAAUUGUCCUUUAGUUUUUGAGACUCAUUUGAUUUAAGACCUAAUUUUUAUGUUUUUGGUAUCCUAUUCGAUUAUACUUAGCGAUUUUUACAUUCUACGCUUUUUUUUCUAGACGCUACACUGCAUUAGUUUACACAAAGAGUAUACUUCUUUAAAAGCGUAUUUCGAAGACUUGUUUGAAGUCUAAAACAUGUUUAAAGAAAACAUAUUUAAUGGAAUAUCUCAAGAACGGUUACUUAAAAACGACCUUAUCUAAUUAAAAAUAAAAGUUGUUAAAGUGUUCGCAAAAAAAUGUAUCAUUUGCAAACUAUUGUUUAUUAUUUGCGAAUAAAUUACUACUUUUGUACAAUAUA